AUAGUCAUGUGCGCCUGGCUUAGUUUAUAUAAUUGCGUUUAUAAUAUAUAUAAAAUACUACAUAUGUGGCUAACUUGCUGGUGGAAAUUACUCAUAGAAGAAACAGGAUUUAUACAAACAUAUAGAUAAUAUAUAAGUAAUUACCUACACACGCCUGUCAAUUUACAGAAGUGAAAACAUCUGGAAAAAUUUGUUUUUGAUACUAAAUAAUAUAAAAUGCAAUUUAAUUUUACUUGCACACGCACUUCAUUACAAAGUCUCUAUAUAUAACGUCCGUCAUAAUAAUGCAUAGGUUCUGGAUUUAUGUUCUUUGGCAGCUAUGGUGCUUUCUCUUGCCAUCAGCUUUAGGAUGGAAUAGAAGUGCCUUAAUUUACCAUUUGGAGACGAGGGAUGGAGAGAGUUGGAAGCGAAACUUUAUGCGAGUGGACGAAAACGGAAAAUUUAUUGGGCAAUGGCUUUUCGACCACGCCAUCCUCACUGCGGUCACAAUCAAUGAGAAAGACAUCAUGUAUGGUGGCCUGGAUGGGCAAGAUCUGCUCAAUCUUUGGGAUAAGCUCUCCUCCGAUGCGAGACAGGUUGAUAAGGCGAUUGGAGAAUUGCUGGUCCCCUUUCCAAAAAAUGAUGGACGAAUACAACUUUCUCUUGCAAUGCCGUACAUUGAUGGGAAAGAUCGCACCGUAUACGUUGAGGGUAAAUCUUACUCCUUGAAAAAUCCACUCGACCGCAAAAAUCUUGUGACUUGGUACAUCCUUAAAGUAAACCAACUAAGACAAAGUGGAGAAUUAAAGAACGUGGACAUUUUAGGCGUUUACUAUCACCGAGAAGAUAUUAUAGAUGCGUACGGAGAUGUUGAAAUUGUAACGUAUUUUAAUCAGCAAGUUCAUAAAAUGGGGAUGAAAUCCGUGCACGUUCCUUAUUACAAUGCUCCACAUGCGUGGGAUGGAAAGACGUUGCUUGGGUUUGAUGUCCUCGUGGUGCAGCCAGGUUACUCAUUUGCGUCGUCGAUUGAUCGAGGCACAGCAACUGGGGACAGAUUAUACGCUAUUGGUCGAAAAUCUGCAAAUCUCAACCAGUGUUUUGAAUAUGAGUUGCGUGGAGGGGGACAAGACCGACUUGAAAACUGGAUUGCGCAUCAGUAUCUUGCUGUUGCACAAUCUAGUGGGGCCGCCAAGUUUCCACAAGUAUUUUUUGUCGGUUCAGACUUUUUUGACAGAAUGGGAGCAGGGUCACGACAAAAUGGGGACAGGUGGUGGGCAUAUUCCGACCUGGCAAACUAUUUGGGCGGUUUGCCAAUAGCCAAUAUGGAAAUAUGGAUUUCUUUCGGACCAAAUGACUAUCAACAGGUUUCCACAAACGUGCGAAGCAAAAACUGGAUCGUUCCAGCCGGAUAUGAAGGGAUCACUUCGAUCAGACUAGAUUUCAGCGAUUCCAAUGGAUAUUGGAAGGGAAAGUUGGUGGUGAGACUUCCUGGCAGUGCUUUUUCUGCCUUUUCUCAACGCACUGGAGCAGAUACCAUCGACCCAUCGUAUAAUUCGGUACUAACUCCAACGGCAAAUUUGAACAUAACAGCAGGGAUGAAUUUGGUGAUUGAGCUACACAGAGAAACGGCGACUACUCCGUGGCCAACCAUUAUUCAGAUGAUUGCAGCGAAAUUCGAGCCUCCGUAUUUGGCAAAUCCUCUUUUCGAAGACACCUCUUCUUCCAGCGUGUCCGUAGUUGAGGGACCGUACGCUGACAAUGCCCCCACCCAUAAGCAAUACGCUCAGGGGAAGCUGACGGAUGGGAAGGUGGCUGUAGGGGAAUCAUGGGACUGGGACGGAAUAAUGGGAUGGACACUAAUUCCCGAAGGGGUGUUUAGUAUCACGAUUGACCUGGGUCAAGUGGUUAGCUCAGUGGCGGAUGUUAGAAUAUGGUCCCAUGUCGAUGGUAGUUCAGCUGUCAGACUUCCGACUAAAUUGGGAGCAUUUGUUGCAACUAGUUGUCCCCCAAGGGUGAGGGGAACGCUGGAAUUGGGAUGUCCUCCAACGGCAUCUUCCGGCCCAGUCGAAAUAAUCAAAAUUGAUGGGAAUAAUAAUAACGACGACAGAUAUUUACUUUAUUUGCGAUUUGAGAAUGUGAAGGGCAGGUGGGUGACGAUUUCUGGAGUUCCGUUAGCUUGGUUUCUAUUGGAUGAGGUCGAAGUUCGGGAUAAUACGGGGACUGUGCUUUCACGAGGAAAGCCAUAUAUUGUGACUCCAAUUCCUGGGGAGGGAAAGUCUUCCUUCGCGUAUCCAGACACUGGGAGAAAGUUGGUUGAUGGAGCAAUUUUCAAGAAAUUUGUUGGAGGGUCUACAGGUAUCGUUGGAAUAAGCAAAGAACAGAAGGAUGGGCAGGUUGAGGUUGUUUGGGCGACAGCAAAAUUAGUGACAUGCAUGAGGGUAUGGAUGACAGAAGCAGAUUCGGACUACGGGAUUGGACUUCCGGGAAAUGUCACUCUGCAAGUACGAGAUUACCAGAGAAACUGGCAAUCAGGGGUGAAAGUCGCCACCCUUCAAAGUUGUGGACCAUCGCCUUGUGCAAGAUUGUGUUUCGACUCGAAAAGGUUUGUUACUGGAGUUCGAGCGAGUUUCUUUAGUUUGCAGGCAUGGGUUAUGGUCACAGAAAUUACCGUCGAGUGAUGACACAACAUUUGUACUAUGGUAGUAUAAUUAUAUGUACUGCGCUACAAUUCAUGUAAGACGGAGACUAAGAGAAUUUAUUGAGGAAUAUUACUAAAAUAAUUUUGAAGUAUAUACAUAUACAUAAAUAAAUAUAACAGUGUUGA